AUGGAUUCUUGGGAGGAUCAAGUUAGAAUAUUCAUGUUAGAUGAGGAAGAAGAGGAUGACGAGCUAUUUCUAGUUAUGGUCCCUACGCUUCAAUUGUGUAUGUACGACGAGAAGAUGCAAGAUCACACCUCAUCUCUAUCUGGGGCACAAAGGGUCAAAGAAAUUUUAGAAGGUCAUGAGAGGUGGUGCAAAGUGGAAUUUAGGAUGGAGUCUCAUAUUUUUAGAGCGGUAGCACAUUUUCUCAGAGUGGACAAUUUAUUCCGUGAUACUCGUGGUGUUAAGAUUGAGGAGCAGUUAGGAAUGUUUAUGUUCAUGCUCUCUCAUAAUGCUAGCACCGAGAGGUUAAAAAAGAAAUCCCAACAUAGUGGAGAAACAAUACAUUGGAAAAUUAUGGAGGUCUUUGAUAUAAUUCCAGCUCUCACUCAUAGAUUUGUGAAGCUGCCAAAUGUAAACCAGACACAUGUCAAGAUUACUUAUGAUCCUUGAUAUAUGCCUUUCUUCCAGGUUAGUAAUAGGUAUUAAAUAUUUGCUCUAAUCACAACUUCACAACACAUGGUUCCAACACUCAUUCCUUGGUUUUCUUUUUUUACUUUAAUGCAGAACUACAUUGGUGCUAUAGAUGGUACUCAUGUCCCAAUCACCAUUUCAGAAGAAAGAGCAGCUCCUUAAAGAAAUAGGAAGGGAACAUUGUCACAGAAUGUGAUGUGCGCCUGUGACUUUGAUCUAAAAUUUACUUUCAUCUCGUGUGGGUAGGAGGGAUCAGCAUCUGAUGUGGGAGUCGGCUGGAAUGACACUUUGGGUAUGUUCAACGCCGAACCACAAAUUUGGGCGAAAUUGAUAAAAGUAAGUACUAACCAAUAAGUUUUGUUGAUUUAGUUUGGAAUCUUGAGGUGUCUAUUCUG